AUGCCCUUCCACCCCACCAAAGACAUCCCUGACCUAACCGGCAAAACCAUCCUCAUCACCGGCGCCAACAGCGGCCUGGGCAAAGCCUCCGUGCUCGAAUUCUCCCGGCACAACCCAUCCCAAAUCUGGCUCGCCGCGCGCAACCUCACCAAAGCGCAAACCGCAGCGGACUCAAUCAAACAACAAGUCCCCACAGCCCGUAUUCACCUCCUCGAACUUGAUCUGUCCUCCUUCUCCUCCGUCAAGCAAGCCGCAUUGGAAUUCCUCUCCACUGCCACCCGCCUCGACAUCCUCAUGCUCAACGCCGGCGUCAUGGCCGCACCACCGGGAAUGACCCCCGAUGGACGAUACGAAGUGCAGUUCGGGACGAACUUCAUGGGUCAUGCACUCUUGACCAAGCUGCUAUUACCGAUCAUGGAGAGGACAGCGAAGCGAAAUGACGCUGGUGUAGGUGGUCGUGUGAGGAUUGUGGCUGUGGCGUCGCAUGGACAGCGGUAUGCGCCGCCUGGGGGACUGCAGUUUGAGACGUUCAAGACGAAUGGGGAGAGUAUGGGUCCGUUUGCGAGGUAUGGGCAGAGUAAGCUGGCUGUUGUGCUUUGGGUGAGGAUGUUAGCGGAAGUGUGUCCGUGGUUGACUGCUGCUUCGAUUGAUCCGGGGGUGGUGGCCACGACGCUCGGCGAUGGGGCUACGGGUGCGCCUAGGUAUAUUCAGUUUUUGUUCAAGGUGGCGUUGGUGUUGAGGCUUGCGUCGAGUUUGGAGGUUGGGGUUAGGAAUCAACUUUGGGCAGCGGUGUCGAGAGAGGUGAGUAGUGGGGAGUAUUAUGAUCCUGUUGGGGUGCUGGGGAAGUCGGCGCUUGGGAGGGAUGGGGAGUUGGCGAGGAGGUUGUGGGGGUGGACGGAGGGAGAGUUGGAUAAUUAUCUAGGGAGGGAUUGA